AGAGAGAGAGAGAGAGAGAGAGAGAGAGAGAGAGAGAGAGAGAAAGAUAGAGUGACGCGAAAUUUCAAAUAGUGCAAGAGGAAAAACAAGAGAAAAAAGGGCAAAAGAGAGAGAGAGAGAGAGAGAGAGAGAGAGAGAGAGAGAGAGAGAGAGGUUGUUGGUGCAUCUCGCUCUCCUCGCCUCCUGCUUUUCACCAAGUUUCUCAGAAUCGGACGGUGACAUCCCGAGGAGGAAGCCGCCGCGACCUCACGCAGCGCCGCGGGCCGCGGACAGCCGUGCCUCUGGGUGAUGAGCGAGCACCAUUGAUGCGCCCCCGCCCACUGAGGGUCACCUCCUGAUACUGGGCGGCUAACACAACAUACGAUGAGCAUUAUGGCGGCGAGGGCGUCGGUGUGUUUGAUGCUGCUGGGUCUGCUUGGACUGAGUGCCGCCGCAGACCUUCACAACAGCCUCAUUAACUCCUCCACGCUGGAGGUGAACGAGCCACGGCGGGAGGACAAGGAGCGCAAGAUCAAGACGGCGCGGCCGCGUGACCCACUAGUGGUGCACACCACCACUGGUCUGGUGCGGGGCUUCAGGAGGAACGUGCUCGGCAAGAACGUUGACACCUUCUACGGCAUCCCCUUCGCCCAGCCCCCUGUAGGAGAACUCCGCUACAAGAAGCCUGUGCCGGUGACGCCGUGGGCAGGCAUCCUGGAGGCCACCAAGCUGCCCAACUCGUGCGUGCAGGAGCCCUUCACCUACUUCCCCGGCUUCCACGGCGAGGAGAUGUGGAACCCCAACACUGAUCUCUCCGAGGACUGCCUCUACCUCAACAUCUGGGCCCCUGCCCACCUGCGGGAGUCCGACGCACGCCCCUCCGAGGUGCUGGUGUGGAUCUACGGCGGCGGCUACAUGGGCGGCACCACCACGCUGGAGGUGUACGAUGCCGACCUGCUGGUGGCCAACACUGACAUGAUCAUCACCUCCAUGCAGUACCGCUGCGGCGCCUUCGGCUAUCUCUACCUCAAGAUGGAAGACGCCCCGGGCAAUGUGGGCAUGUACGACCAGGCGCUAGCCAUCAAGUGGAUCCGCAACAACAUUAAGUUUUUCGGCGGCGACCCAGACCGCAUCACGCUGUUUGGGGAGUCGGCGGGCGCGGGCUCCAUUGCCGUGCACCUGCUGUCUCCCAUCUCCAGCCACCUGUUCCAACGCGCCAUUCUGCAGUCAGGCGUGGUCAACUCCCCAUGGUCCAUCAUGACGCGAGAGAAGGCCUACGACAUCGCCGUCAAACUGGUGGAGGACGUGGGCUGCAACGCCACGCUGGUCACCGAGGACCCCGGCGGCGUGAUGUCCUGCAUGCGCACCGUGGACGCCGCCACCAUCUCGCUGGCGCAAUGGAACAGCUACCUCGGCCUCAUGCAGUUCCCCUCUACCCCCAUCGUGGACGGCGAAUUUCUGCCGGACGAACCUCUCGAUAUGAUCCGCCGCGGGGAGGUGAAGAAGACGGAAAUUCUCAUUGGCUCCAACCUAGAUGAAGGCACUUACUUCAUGCUGUACGACUUCCUGAGUUACUUCGACAAGGAUGAGUCCACGGCGCUCACACGGGAACAGUUCCUCGAGAUUCUGAACCAGAUUUUCAAGGACUGGUCACCGGCGGAGCGAGAGUCGAUCAUAUUCCAGUACACCAACUGGGACAACCCGGACGAUGGACGAGCGAACGAGAAGGCAGCAGGAGAGGUGGUGGGCGAUUACUUCUUCGUGUGUCCCUCCAACCUGUUUGCCCAACUGUAUGCCGACGCUGGUGGAAGAGUCUACUACUACUACUUCAACCACAGGACCACCAACCACCCCUGGGGAGAGUGGAUGGGUGUGCUUCACGGGGAUGAGAUUGACUACGUGUUCGGGCUGCCACUCAACCAGUCCCUGAGCUACACGCCCGCCGAGAAGGAUUUGUCUCUCAGAAUAAUGCGGCACUACAAGUUCUUCGCAGCCACGGGCCGCCCUGUGUCCCGGGAGAGCGAGUGGCCCCUGUAUACAAGCCGAGGUCAGCAAUACUAUGUGUGGGGAACGAAUGAAUCGUGGCCGAAGAUCGGAAGGGGACCUAGAACCACAGCCUGCGCCUUCUGGAAUGAACUGAUGCCCGUUCUAAGAGAGACUCAAGGGGGCAGGAUGUGUGACAGUAAGAUGAUGAAGGCUCUCAACGACGCCUCUCCAGCUCUCCUCCGCCUCUCCCCCACUCUCUUCUUCGUCACCCUCCUCUUAGCGCCGGCCCGCCUCUUCUAAACACACACACACACACACACACACACACACACACACACACACACACACACACACACACACACACACACACACACACACACACACACACACACGUGCUACCUGGUACGCUUACGCAUUCUACUUACAGAUAGGCACUCAAAUGACACACACACACACACACACACACACACACACACACACACACACACACACACACACACACACACACACACACACACACACACACACACACACACACACACACACACACACACACACACACUGUAUAUUUUGUAAUUAGAAGAGGAUUUUGCGACAAGGAAAUGAAGAGAGGAAGCAAGUGAGGGACAAAAGAAUGAAGGUAUGUCGGUUGUCGGGGUGGUGUGCUGUGGCGUCGACCGGCAAGGCAACGAUCACACAGAAGCUGACCUGAUUCACCUCCUUCCUGGCGCACGGGACUCGGAAAUACCACAUCAAACUGCGAACGACCAACGCUGCACCGGGAAUAAAAUUGCUCGUCAGGGACUUGUGUAAACAUUGGAGGGAAAGAGAAAAAGAAAUAGAGGAGGAGAGAGGUAAAGAAAACGAAAAAGUAAAGAAAAAAAUUGUUGAAACAUUGAAGCAAUUUAUAUUUUGAUAAACGCCGCUGCAGUGGUCGGCUGAAGUGUAAACACUAGCAGAGCGGCGUAAUGGGAACAAACACGGACCUGAAAAAUGAUCAACGCAUUUGGCGCAGUUUGCCGAUGCUUGUAAACAUUGUUGUAGUGCGGUGAGUGUUGGCACCGGAUGAACGAGCUAAGGGAGAAAAGGAACUGAUGAUUGAAGGACAGUGGUGGCAAAUACCGCUUCCCAGAAAAGGAACAUAUUCUGAUUCAGUAAAAACGCCAUCCUUAUUACACAAGUCUUGAGAGGUGGUAGGUCUGCUGCCGCUACACUACAACGACUUGAGGCCCAUGCAGGAGGCAAGAAGCACACUCCUGACUGAGGUGAAGCUGUAGAGGGCCAAGAUCAGGGACAGGGCCUGAGUGCAGGUGUCGCAGGUGCUUCGGGGGAGUCACCUGCAGCCACCCGCCGCCACCCACCCUCGAGUCCCGGCAGGAGUUGAAACACGCAGUCUUACGUGAAACACAGCAUUCCUGACAUUCACACUCCGCCUGAAACACACACAGAGGCUAGACAAACACAUGCAGAUAUGUUAUUUGCCUUAAAACUAAAGCAAACACAAUUCUGUUCAACACGAGGGCCGGCACUGGUGUUUUUGUAAGCGAUAGACGCGUUACUGAGCUCGGAACGGAACCAACAUAGUUCAAAUAUUGAUCUAAAACAAAAUAUAUAUCCAAGAAAACUCUCUGUGGUGACCUCUCAGAAAAGAUAAUACAAAUACACACCAAUACAGUUUAAAAUUUUACAAAAGUGCUUAGCAACCAUAACAAAAAGUAUUAGAGUUGUUUGUAGGAUUUCUUUAGUUGCACCUUUUAAAUGUGAAAACGGUCGUGUUUUUCGUUGACUUCCUGGAGGAGGGUUUGAGUGGGCGCGUGUUCCAGACGAUGUGUGUGUUCCGUUCCCUUCCCCUUGCAGCAGCGUAAGCCACCUAUAGUUCAUAUAGCUCACUUAGAUGCUUCACUCACUCCUGAGGUCAGAGAAGUAACCUUGUAAAGCAGAGUCCUUCUCGUCACGUGAAGCAGGCCACUCUACAGGCGUAAAGCGACGCGGCGUUGUGUUGUUGUGUAGAUUACUAUAUAGCUGCCGCCUCGCCACGACCCUCCCCAGUCUCCCAUCCCGCCACUCCGCGCCCUCUCAUGUCUGGGAGCGCUUAUGUUAAAUGUGUGUGUGUGUGUGUGUGUGUGUGUGUGUGUGUGUGUGUGUGUGUGUGUGUGUGUGUGUGGAGUUGUGUCAUCCUGUUGUGUUGUCCGAGGUUAGUUCACCGGAGUUGAUGUAAUACGUUGGGUUGUGUGUACUGGUGUAUUAAGUUAUCCAUACUUACUGCGU